UUUCCAGCUCACCGUGCAGAGGAGAAUCCAUCGCGUAGAAGUGCUGGCUGCUCCCCCUACCCUAGUCGUCCUCGACACUCGGUUAUUUCUCUCUCCGUUUGCUAGGAGAAAGCUUGGUUCCGCUUAGGGAACUGUCUCCUACGUAUUUCUCGCCCGUCACGCUUUUGCCUGCAGGCGUAGCACUGCUGCCAUAUUCAGUUCAACAGAGGUACCCGAGUCAUUACUCGAGUUUUUUAGAAUUCUCAAACCUCUUCACUUAGGUCUUGACAGCAAUCGCUUAGGCCGCAUCGUCUGCCGAUUCCUCUCCUCCCCUACAGCUUAGGCCGAAUCGUCUCCAGUUUCCGCGUGCGUUUUCUAGAAAAGAACAGGAAUGGCGCGCGGUGACGAUUACGACGACGAGGUGGAGGAGGGCGACGAGGAGUACGAGGAGGAGGAGGAGGAGGAGGAGGACGAGGAGUACGAGGAGCGCGCGGGGAAGAAGCGGGGGCGCGGAUCGCAGUUCAUCGACGACGCGGCGGAGGAGGACGAGGACGAGGACGAGGAGGACGAGGCCCCGCGCAAGAAAAAGGGGUCGACCACCGGCCGUUCGAUGUUCAUUGAGGAGGAAGCGGCGGUGGCGAGCGAUGACGAGGAGGAGGAAGAGGAAGAGGAAGAUGGUUUCAUUGACCGGGACGCGGACCUAGGCGAGGAGUUAGGCAACGAGCGGCCGUCGGCGCACCACCGCACGCUGCUGCGGCGCAACGAGGAGGAGGAGGAGGUGAACGAGGAGGACUACCAGCGGUUCCUGGAGGAGCGGUACGCGCGCAACGAGGUGCCCGACCUGGGCGAGGGCGAGGCCACCGAGGUCGAGCAGCAGGCGCUGCUGCCCUCCGUCCGGGAUCCGAAACUGUGGAUGGUCAAAUGCCAGCUGGGCCACGAGCGCGAGGCGGUGGUGUCGCUGAUGCAGAAGUGCGUGAAUCUGGAGGGGCAGGGCGGGGCGCUGCAGAUCAAGUCAGCCAUAGCGCUGGACAACCUCAAGGGGUGCGUGUACGUGGAGGCGCACAAGGAGGCGUACGUCAAGGAGGCGUGUGCGGGGCUGCGCCUGCUGUACUCGUGGAAGCCGGCGCUGGUACCUAUCAAGGAGAUGGCGGGGGUGUUGACGGUGGAGCAGAAGUCGGUGGACCUGGAGGAGAACAGCUGGGUGCGCGUCAAGAUCGGGCUCUACAAGGGCGACCUUGCGCUGGUGACUGACGUGGACACAGUGAAGCAGAGGGCCACCAUCAAGCUCAUUCCCCGCAUCGACCUCCAGGCGCUCGCCCAGCGCCAGGACAACAAGCCCGUGGUGAAGCGCAAAGCCAGACCGCCCCCACGGUUCUUCAGUGUGGAUGAGGCCAAGAACUACGGUCUACGCCCCAUGGUGACGCGGCACCGCACGACGGGCGAGCACAUCCAGUCCAUCGAGGGAAUGCAGUUCGUGGACGGGUACCUGCUCAAAGUGGUCUCCAUCAAGUCCCUCGACACCCGCGGCGUCGUCCCCACCCUCGACGAGCUCCAGCGCUUCCAGCGCGCCCAAGGGGACGGGGAGCGAGGCGGGGAGUACGGGGGAGGAGGGGCGCUGGGGAGCGGGGUGGGGCCGCUGGGGUUGUCGGCUGAGCAGGCGAAUAGACAGAGGGGGCGGCUGGUGAAGGGGGAUAUAGUGGAGGUGGUUGAGGGCGAUUUGAAGGGGCUGAAGGGACGGGUGGAGAAGGUGGACGAGGACGAGGUUAUCAUUCGGCCGCACCAUGAGGAGCUGAAGGAUCUGCUGCCAGUGAAAGAGUCGCAGCUGCGCAAGUUCUUUCAAACCGGCGACCACGUGAAGGUGGUGGCGGGGCAGAACGACGGAGUGACGGGCAUGAUAGUCAAGGUGGAGGGGCACAUCGCCAUCGUGCUGUCAGACACGUCCAGGGAACAUGUGCGGGUGUUCACUCGAGACCUCAUGUCCAGCUCUGAGGUGACUGCUGGUCCCUCGCAGAUCGGUGACUACGAGCUGCACGACUUGGUGCUGCUCGACCAAACCACCGCAGGAGUGAUCGUGAAAGUAGAGAAAACGGGCUGUGUGGUCCUCAAAGCCACGCCAGAGCGCAGCGAGACAGUGGCCGUGAAACUGAGGGAGAUCCGGCGCAAGAUGAGCAACCGUAACGUGUCGGCGCACGACAGCGAGGGCCUGCCCAUAGCCCCCAAGGACCCGAUCCGCGUGGUGGAGGGGGCGUACCGCGACAAGAGGGGCACCGUGGAGCACAUUUAUCGGGGGGUGCUGUUUGUGUACGACCGCAACCACGUGGAGAAUGGAGGUUUCUUUUGUGUGCGGGCGCGCUCCGUGCGGUGUCUAACUGCGAAGGCAACUAACACUGGGCGCAAUCCCGCAGCAGCAGGUGGUGGUGGAGGAGGAGGCAUGGCACCGUUUGACCGUCGGUUUGGUGGCGUGAUGCAGUCGCCAUCCCGCUUCCUGCAGUCACCCAGGAACUUCCCUGGCAGUCCCAGCCGGCAAGGGGGCAGAGGAGGAGCCCCCCCUCCAGGCGCAUAUGGGGGAGGGCGGAUGGGGAACAGGCGGGAGAACGGCAUGGUUGGGCGCAUUGUGAAGAUACGGGCAGGGCCUUAUAAGGGGUACAGAGGACGAGUGCUGGAUGCCACUGAUACCACGGCGCGAAUUGAGCUGGAAUCGCAGAUGAAAGUGGUCACAGUGCGGAGGGAUCAGUUGCCGGAUGGAGCGCCAGCAGCAGGACAGCUACAAUCACCUGCGCCCUACAGGGAGUCGCCUCGCUUCAGGGGAUCGCUGGGCAGCGAAACGCCCGUGCAUCCCUCGCGCACGCCCAUGCACCCCGGCUUCGGUGGCAGGGGAUUCGACCCCUCAGCCACGCCGGUACACGAGGGCAUGCGCACGCCCAUGAGAGACAGAGCCUGGAACCCCCAUGUUCCCACCACUCCGCUCAGGCCCGACUCGUACGACGAGGCGAAUCCGUCUACAUGGGGGUCGUCGGGCAGCGAUGCUCCCUUCCUGCCCUACACGCCGGCCUUCUCCCCGGCUGACAUCGCCCCAUCGCCGCCUCUCCCAGUGCAUGAUCCGGGCACUCCUGGUGAUCUGCGCUCAGCCUUUGACAUUCCCACACCGGGCAGCCAAGCGGGGCCCAACUACAACCCCUCCACGCCUUACGGCGAGGCCCCGAGUCCGUACGCUGCGCAGACACCCACUGGGCAGCCGCUCACCCCCUCUGCAGCCUACAUCCCCGCCACCCCCGCUGACUCCUCCCUGCCCAUGACCCCUGCCGACCCCAACUCGCCUGCCAUCGGUAUGGGCGGGGGGUUCGGCAACGGAGGCGAGGGGGGGUCGCUGGGUCUGCCUGGAGUGCUGGUGAUGGUGCGGCGACCAGGGGGCCCUGGGAUGACAACAGUGGUCAUCAGAGAAGUGCUGCUGGAUGGCUCAUGCCGUGUCGGAGCAAGCAACGCGUCGGAGUCGGAGCUCUUUAUAGUGGGUCCCUCGGAGAUGGACAUAGUGUUACCGCGUGCCCAUGACCGGGUGAAGAUCCUGCGAGGCCCGUUACGCGGCGCCGUGGGGAAGUUGAUGGGAGUGGAUGCUGCGGAGGGGAUUGUGAAGGUGGACGGCGAGCCGGAUGUGAAGACAGUUGAAAUCGCAGGCUUAGGGAAGCUUGUGCAGUGAGAGCAAUGUGCUAAGAAAACAUUGUUACUAUCGUUGUCGAAAUGGGUAGUUUCAAUGUGAAGAUCUGUGUGUUGGGCUAGGAGGAAAGCUUGCAAUGAUGACUGAUUGCAUCACAUGAUGUUGUUUAGUGACUUGGCUCGCUGUUUUCUUCAAUAGAGUUCAGGGCUUGGAUGCCUGUACUUGAGUGUUUUCUGAGUGUUUUCUUGCCUGGUA